ACACUCAAAAGAUGAUGAUUCAUACAGUAAUAAUACAGUAAUUAUAUAGUCCACAUAUAGCUAGUAUAUAAGUGCAGUGCAGUGAAAUGACCACACUUACUGGAGAUCUAGAGGCUUGGCCCUUGAAAAAUAGGGUAUUUCUGAUGAGGCAUGGUUUGGCUGAAUGUAAUGUGCAAGGGGUUCUAGUGUCAGACCCCAGAGAUGGGGUGCCAUCGUUUGGUCUAGUAGAGAAAGGGAGGACAGAAUCCAUGGAGGCUGCUGAAAACCUUGAAGUCAAUUUGACUGCAGACACGGUUACAGCUGAGGAGCUCACAAAGAAGUUGGUGAUCGUCUCUUCAGACUUCAAACGAGCAAUAGAGACUGCUCAAAUCAUGCACAGUCAUUUUAAACCAAAGACCCCAAUCAAAACUGAUGUAGCACUUCGGGAAAGAGACUUUGGAGAGUUUAAUCGAGCUCCCUGGAAAGAGGCACUGCCAAUUAUCCUCGAAAAUGACAGGGUCAACCCUACCGAACGAGUUCGUGGUUGCGAGCCUGUACCUGAGAUGGUUGUCCGGGUGAUGAGAGCGCUGAAGACAAUCGAGGAAGAGUAUACCGAUAAGAUUGUAGUGAUUAUCUCCCACAGUAACCCACUACAAGUGCUCUGGGCAUUAUGCAAUGGAGUCUCCUCUACUGAGAGAUUCAAGGAUCUAAAACAUUUCAAGAACUGUGAAGUUAGAGAAUUUAAAUUUGUGUAGCAGCUCAUUGCGUGCAUGCUAGACCUAUUUUUAUGGAAUGUGUAUUUGUGUAGAUGUAGAUGUAGAUGUAUGAUUGCAUGUAGAGGGGUGGGGCAGGAAAGACAAUUCUUAUCUUCGCACUGUAUCUUCACAAUGGCUACAAGAUCUAGUACUCUCCCUGGUCCUGGUCCUGCUGACAGCACUACCACCGGCACCUUGAAGAACAGGAUAUUUCUAGUCAGGCAUGGAUUGGCUGAGAGUAACGUACAGGGGGUUCUAGUGUCAGAUCCCAAGGACGGAGUACCAUCGUUUGGUCUAGUGGAGAAAGGAGAGCAGCAAGCUAAGGAGGCUGGUAAGAAACUUGAAGCCAUUUUAACUGACUCUGGUAGCACUGACGACCUGACAGAGAAGAUUGUUGUGAUCACUUCAGACUUUAAAAGAACAUUUGAAACUGCUCAAUUCAUUCACAGCCACUUCAAAGUUAAGGCCCCUCUUCGAACUGAUAUUUUACUUCGAGAAAGAGGGCUUGGAGAGUUUCACCUCCGACCAUGGCAAGAAGCUUACUCUGUUCUAUUGGAGCAAGAUCGAAUCAAUCCUACGCAAAGCGUUUCCGGGUGCGAAACAGUCUCAGAGAUGGUUGUCCGGGUGACCCGAGUGUUGAAGACAAUCGAAGAAGAGUACACUGAUAAGAUUGUCGUGCUUGUUUCCCAUGGAGACCCGUUGCAAGUACUUUGGGCUAUAUGCAAUGGAGUUCCCCCUAAUGAGAGAUACGAUCACUUAAAGAACUUUAGAAACUGUGACAUUAGGGAAUUUAUAUUUGUGUGAACUCAAAUAUUCAUUUUUAACAUGGCUUAUAAUAUUUAUUGUCAAUAAUGGUUGUGCAAGAUUUCCGUAUUAUUAUGAGUGGAAUAAUUUCAAA